AUGGCGACAGCUAUAGCAGUUAAACAGAAUGUUGGAAAUUGGUCGAAAAUGUUUCCUAAUGAGCUAGGAGUCGAACUCCAGUCCCUGGUUUUUAUAAAAAAGCUGUUUGCGGUUGCAGUAUCUUAUGUUUUGUAUUUCAGGGAUAUUUUUCCUGAAUCCGCUUUUCAUGACAAACAACUGGAAGGAAUCGAGCUAAAGAUUUUGAAGGAAAGCUCUAUCUUACCUGCUUCUUCAAAAAUAGUUUAUUGGCUUAAGGGUUGUUUCGAUGCCAUCGACCGUCAUUUUCUUAAAUCAGCGACCAUUGCGCUUUAUUUGUCGGACAAAGAUUUACAUCCCAGCAAAAUUUGUGAAUAUAACAUCAUUGAGUCCUAUUGUUUCAGACUUUCUUAUGGCCAGGAGAAGCUAUCACUUGAUUUAAAAACUGAAAACAAAGGAGAACCCAGCACUAUAUGCGAGAUCUCAAACUGCUCUGAAAUUGAAGUACGGAAUGCUACUUUGAAUCUACUCAAAAAUAUUCGAACUGCUGGAGAAAGAUUAUCCAAGUUACCAUCGGAACUAAUGAUAACGAUGAAACUGCAGUAUUACGACGAAGUUACACCAGAGAGUUACGUUCCUCCUGGAUUCAAACAUGCAGAUAAUGUCAGUUUCAACUUUGAAGAAGAUAACAUUAAUAUACGGCUCGGUAAUGUGAAAACUGCUCACCACAGCAUCAAAAUGCACAUACAGACUAGUCGACGAUUAUUAGCCGGAUCUGUAAAAUCUACUAAAUCAACACAAGAAGAUGAGAGCAUCCAUGAACUUUCGUUAGGUUCUCUGAAUGCGAGUAAAGUGAAUGAAAACGAUGAUCUCACUUUAUCAUUUCAACAACAAACACUAAGAUCUGAUGAAAAUGAAUUAGAAAGUUAUGAAGCUCGCUGCCCAUGUGGAGUAAAUAAGGACGAUGGUGUGAUGAUUUUAUGUGAUGGAUGUGAUAAAUGGCAGCAUGCUGUUUGCUUUCGAAUUCUACAAGAAGGAGACGUUCCUACAUCACAUGUUUGUGAGAUCUGCGCUAAAUUGAAGCCUGAACUUCUUCAAACCGGAGGAAUCACAGAUGAAACUAUUCAGAAUUUGGGUGUUGAAGCUAGAAAGGCCACUUGUCUCUUUCGACGUGUAUUAGCACUGUGUCUCAACGAAGAUUCAGUCUCACCCGCUUUUAUAGCUAGAAGUCUUGGAGUAGAGUAUACCGUGGCUCGUGGAUUAUUUAAUCGUUUAAUCAAGGAGCAAGUUAUUAAAGGAGCAGGACCGCGAAGAGGUGAAAAGCUUGUUGAAAAAGAAUAUCUAGAAAAUAUUGUGUGUCCACGUUUUUUCUCUUGCAUUAGUUUGCACGAUAAAACAUCAGUGGUAAGUAAUACUUGGUUAAAUGAGCAUUUUGGGAGUCAAUUUUGUGACCAAGAUAGACAAUCCAUAGUGUUUUGA